AUGUCGAAGAUUCUGAGCUUUGGUCUAUGCAUGCGCCCAGUACAACUAGCCAUUCUGAUUGGCUGGACCACCUCUCCCAAGCCAGGGACCGCAUGCAUCAAAGAAGCCGCAUCCUUGGGUGCCGGCGCUUCGAGCGACGAUCAACACCAAUGGGAUGCAUUCUGCAAGCAAUCACUCUCACUGCGCUCGAUUGGCGAGCCCGAUUGGGUCGACAAGUGCCGAUGCGCCAUGCUAUGGCUCGUCUUCUGUCCCAGGGGACACGGGGAACACCAUGUGUCCCAGAGAUGCAAAACUCCUUGA